GUCGGGGACCAUAAAUUCAGCGCUCACCGCAUCGUGCUGGCUGCUUCCAUCCCCUACUUCCACGCCAUGUUCACCAACGACAUGAUGGAGUGCAAGCAGGACGAGAUCGUCAUGCAGGGGAUGGAUCCCAGCGCACUUGAGGCUCUGAUCAACUUUGCCUACAACGGUCACCUGGCCAUCGAUCAGCAGAAUGUCCAGUCGCUGCUGAUGGGGGCGAGUUUCCUUCAGCUGCAGAACAUCAAAGACGCUUGCUGCACUUUCCUCCGAGAGAGGCUUCACCCCAAGAACUGUCUGGGAGUGCGGCAGUUUGCGGAGACGAUGAUGUGCGCGGUGCUCUACGACGCUGCCAACAGCUUCAUUCAUCAGCACUUCGUGGAGGUCUCCAUGUCCGAAGAGUUCCUGGCGCUGCCUUUUGAAGACGUCCUGGAGCUUAUUUCUAGGGAUGAGCUCAACGUGAAGUCUGAAGAGCAGGUGUUUGAAGCGGCAUUAGCCUGGAUACGGUAUGACCGAACCCAGAGAGAGUCGUUCCUACCCGAGCUCCUCUCCAAAAUCCGCCUCCCCCUUUGUCGACCUCAGUUCCUCACUGACCGCGUGCAACAAGACGACCUGGUCCGGUGCUGCCACAAAUGCAGGGACCUUGUUGAUGAGGCAAAAGAUUAUCACCUCAUGCCAGAGCGCCGGCCGCACCUCCCGGCGUUCAAGACGCGUCCUCGGUGCUGUACAUCGAUCGUGGGAUUGAUUUACGCCGUCGGAGGACUUAACUCAGCAGGUGACUCGCUGAACGUGGUGGAAGUCUUUGAUCCCAUUGCCAACCGCUGGGAGAAGUGCCAGCCGAUGACGACGGCCCGCAGCCGCGUCGGGGUGGCGGUGGUCAACGGGCUGCUCUACGCCAUCGGCGGCUACGACGGGCAGCUGAGGCUGAGCACCGUGGAGGUUUACAACCCGGAGAUGGAUUCCUGGUCCAAAGUGGAAAGUAUGAACAGCAAACGAAGUGCCAUGGGGACAGUGGUGCUGGACGGUCAGAUCUACGUCUGCGGCGGAUAUGAUGGAAACUCAUCCCUCAACUCCGUGGAGUCGUAUUCUCCAGAAACAAACAAGUGGACGGUGGUGACCCCCAUGAGCUCCAACCGCAGCGCUGCCGGAGUCACCGUCUUCGAGGGUCGCAUUUACGUCUCGGGAGGACAUGACGGUCUUCAGAUCUUCAACAGC